AUGGACGCCGGGGAUGCGCGUCGCCACUUGGAAGAGCUCCGCGAAAUGCAGAGCGCAACCGACGCCCGCCGCGCAAGCCAGCUCGCGCAAGACAUGCGGCGACUCGCCGAGCACGUGGGCGGCCUCGAGCAGCUCCUCUUGCACGAGACCAAGACGAUGACGGCCCAUGCGAUUGUGACGGAGAGCGACGCCAAGUUCCGCGCGGUUGUCGACGAGCUGGGCCACGAAGUGCGGCAUCGCAACGCCGCGUACGUGCAACUCGACGACGAGCUCCGAGCGCAGGUCGCCGACUUGCGGGACGCCACGCGCGACGUCACGGCCAGCGUGCAGACGCGGCUUCGGGACCUGGAAGAGGUCCUGCCGCUCGAAAUCCAAGCGCGGCAGAAAGGCCAUGCGAGUCUAAAAAAACGCAUCGACGGGCUCAUCAAGGGUACGACCGGCAGCAUCGAGACCAUCAAGAAGGACGUCGAGAGAAGCGUGUCGGGCGUCAUUGCGCGCACAAAUGCCUGCAUCGCGCACCAGAUGCAGCUCGAGGCAGCGGUUGCGCGCCACGGCGACGAUGCUCGGAGCGCCGUCCACGACUUCCAGCGCGAUGUCCACGGCGCCAUUGCAGCCGCGCUCGAGGCGACCGCCACCGAGCAUGCGCAGCGGCUCGUCGCUUGCAUGGACGUCGUCGAUACCGUCAAGGCGCUGCAAGCCAGCACGGACGAGCGCUUCGAGAGUGUGCGCCAAGGAUGGGCCAGCUUGGAAGCGACCACUUUAGCCCUUUUGCGCGAACAGAACGCGGGCCAGACGCUCGCGAUCGAGGAGCUGCAUACGCGUCUUCUGGCACUAUACACGGCCAUGGACGGGCACCGGGCAGCCGGCGUCUCGCAGCACGCGGCGGCAAAGUCCGAGCUCGAGGCCCAGCUGCAGACCAUCUCGACGGCGGUCGCGUCGUCCAGCACGAGCCAUCAAGCGGCCAUCGAGGCGCUGCAGUCGCAGCUGGACGCUCUGGCGCUUAAAGCAUGUAUGGACCAAGCCGCCGAGCAUACGGUGCAGGUGGCUGCCGUCGCCGCCGUCCGAAGCGAUCUCGAUCGGCUCGCUCAGCAGCACAUGGCGCAGUGCGACGCACUCCGAGAGAGCCUCUUGAGCGCCGAGAGGCAGCGACGCGACGACGUAAGGCGCAUCGAGAGCCACUUGGCAAGUGACGCGGGUCGCGUCACCACGAUCCAGGAGACGCUGGUGACCAUGGCGUGGAACAUUGAGCACCGCAGCAUCGACGACACGGUCAGCGCGGUCCUCCAUGCAUGUGUCGUCGACGUCGAAGAGAAAGCGCUUGCGGCCGCUGUCGCCGCCCACCAGCAGGAUGUGCAGCUGCAACUGCAAGUCACCCGCAACAAGAUGGAGGCGAUGCGCAUAUCGCUGCAUGCGUCUCUGCGCGAUGACUACACGAAUCUGCGCGCGUCCAUUGCCGCCAUCAACCAGACACUGGAUGGCCUCGUGGGUCGAGCGCCGGUGGCGGCGUCGCACGAGGAAGGAUUUCUUAUUUAGAAUAAUUAAUACGGGUCAUAGCAUCUUGACAGAGAC